AUGCUCAGUCGAUUAGUCACCCGAAAUGGAAGAUUAGCUCAGCGUACUUUGAGUUGCCGGCUGUACUCCGGAUCCGAUCUCACCUCGUCCAACCCACCAUCUUCGUCCCAGACCAAAUUGGAACGAUUGGCCGAGGAUGUCCGUAGUUUGCAAGAAAAUCAAGCCUUGUCCACCAUCGAUGAGUUCCGAUUAGAUAUUCGACCCUUCGCCAAAGACUUCUUCGUGGGCAAGUUCAAUCCUUUGGUCAUGUCUUACCCGGAUGUGUUGCCCAAUGACCGCUAUUUCGAUCUCAAAACUAAACAAUUGGAAGUGCGGAAUUUCUUGACCACCAAGCGCGGACAGAUUGACCGCAUUGAUAGUCAACGCAAGAUCAGUCAAGAAGUCACUGCACCUUUGGCGGGGAUGGGCGUGUUAGGCAUGCGUGAUUCGGUCUCGAAAGGCGGCCAAGGUCGGUCCAUGACCGAGACCAUGGCGGUCAUGGAGGAGUUCGCUUGUAGUCUGUCUUUGCUGGAGCAUGUUCAUCAGGGUAAUUCGUUCUUGGCUCAAGCCUUGGCCUUGUACGGCACACCCGAGGCCAAAGACAAGUAUCUGGGCCCAUUGUGUCGGGGAGAGCUCAUGGGGGCGGUGUGCUACUCGAAUCCAGAGAGUGGAGUUGAUCCAACCACCGGGGGCGUGAUGGUCAAGUCUGAGACCGAUCUCGAACAAUAUUCCUUGUCCGGACAGAAGGUUUGGGUCACGAAUGCGGAUGAAGCGCAAAUAUUCUUAGUUUUUGCCAAAAUGGGUAAUUCGCCCACGAUUCAGUCCGAGGACGAAGGGGUGCACAUAUCGAACAUCACGUGCUUCAUUGUGGAUCGUGACUCGCCUGGCCUGACCAUCAGCCCACCCUAUCCGAACAAAGUGGGCAUGAAAGGCUUGUCUUGUUGUACACUCACCUUUGAGAAUGUUGCAGUCACUGAUAGCAAUCUUUUGGGCCCCAAAGAUCAAGGAUAUACGAUUUUGAGAGAGUUCAUGGUGCCCGAGCGAGCUUUCACCGGAGCCAAAGUGAGUGCGGUGCUGCGAAAUUUCCUGAACGAACUCGUGAAACACGUGACGUCUCGCCAAGCUUAUGGCAAGUUCCUCAACGAUUUCGAUCUUAUCAAGAGCCACUUGGCCGAGAUGACCUGUUACCUGUAUGCCCUCGAGGCCAUGAGCUACAUGGUGGCAGGUCUCAACGACGUUCAGCGUGAGGUGGAUAUCAGUAUGGAGGCCAAUAUGACCAAGGUGUUUGCCAUGGAAACGGUGGAUCUGUUCAUGAAACGAUCCAUGGGCAUCAUCGGCCAAAGGCUCUAUGACCACGACGAACCCUUUGCUCAAAUCUCGCAAGAUCUGUUGAGCAUGAAUCUAUGGGAAGGUCCUACCGAUAUGGUCAAAAUUCUGAUAGGUCUCGAGGGAGUCAUCUACUCUGGUAUAAUCAAUGCUGAGGAUGUUCGGUUGUUCCGCAAUCCGUUCACCGAUCCAAUGUCACUCGUGAGGAAAAUGUACGACUACCAAAAGAUCAGUACCGACAAACAACUCACCAGUCUCAAAGUGAGCGAGAGUGUUCAUCCCUCUCUUCACGGUGCUGGACUGAAAUUGGAGCAAAGUAUUCAUAAGCUACGCUUCGGAACAUCCAAAUGUCUGGUCGAUCAUGGUGGGAACGCCAACCUCAGAGAAGUGGAUCUCAUGCGAUUGGGCAUGGCGGGUGUCUACACAUUCGCCCAGGCCUCGGCCAUUGCCAGAGCUAAUCGAGACUUUUGCAGAGGUAACGCCCACGGGGAGCAUGGGGUGGAGAUUGCUGUGGCAUUUACUCGACUCGUGUUUCCCUCGCUGAAGCAGUUGGUAUCGGAAUUGGAUGCACACUUCAUAGAAAAGAACGACUUUUUAUUGUAUCGAAUUCACAAACAUUUGACCACCAAUGGCUCUUAUUGUCCUGUUCAUCCGAUCACUAAAAAUGUCUUCUAAUGAAAUGAAACCCACUUAUUCAGCCUCA